AUGCAAUCGGUGGCUAAUGGUUAUGUGGCCCCCACCACCAGGCCGCCGUCGGAUGGGAACGAAAAUGCUGCUUUUUCUGAUCGAGACCCUUCUCCGGACGUGGAUCCGGCCACUCAACACGAGAACGGCCAUGAGCCCAUGGACGUAGACCCAGAGCCCGCCGCUGCUGGUAACGAUUCGAGGAUGGCGAAUGUAGAUUCUGGUGACUUAAAAACCGCUGUCGUUCCAGAAACAGAUGCUCCAAGUGGAAUGGACGCCAUGGAUGUUGUGAAUCCGGUUGAGGGAGUCGACCGUCGUCGAUCAGGGCGUGUGCGACACGUUCCUAAAGAGUUUGUUCCCGAGCCGAUCAAGCCCAAAGCGCCGCGAAGUUCCAAGCCAAAGAAGAAAGCUGAGCAGAAGCCUACUUUGAUCGCUAAUGUGCGCUACUUGAACAUCAGCCCGCGUCCACAGUUUUCGGCCAUCCAAUUGGACUGCUCCAAAGACAUAUUUUGGCUCCGGCUGAAUCUUCGUGAGUUUCUUCUUCGUUUUGAUAAACUCUGCCGUCUGCCAACCCGCCACGCAACUACAAUUAAUGACCCCCUGCAACCGUGGAACGACUAUCUCUACAAAGCAACUAUAGUGGCUCUGUUUCGCUUGGUCGAAAACGACAAUACGCCGAUUUUCGAGUACGCAAAAUAUUAUUUGGCUGAAAUCGAGCAUACGCCUGCCGAAUCGCCCAGACUGUGGGAGCUCAUGUACGAGUUUCUUGAACAAAGCGAUCCUUAUUUAAACGCCGCGGACGAGCUUUCUGGAGAGCACUACCGUUUGGAACUCAUUCGCAGGCUCAUGGUGCUGGCCACCGGAACCGAGACCAUCAGGAUCACAAUCCUCAACGACCAUGAGCAGCUCCGGCAGCUGCAACUGGGCCAGGGAGACAAGAUCAAGGCCAUUAAUACUCACCUCACAGAGUCUAUGAAAAAGCUCGAGAAACUCAAAAGCACCGACAAGCAACUGUAUUUUGACCGCGUGGCCGCUGCCGAGCGCACAGCCGCCGAUAAACGAUUCCGAGCCCAGCAAACACUGCACUCACAGACCCACAAGUACACUCUACGUACUAUACCGCUUGGCGAAGACAUCGAAGGCAACUUGUAUUGGAGUUUCCAACAGAAAUCAAAAGAUAUCCCAAGCUGGGGGACAUGGAUCGUCUGUGAGCUUGUGUGGCCGACUGGAAUGGUUGAAAAGCGGUCCAAAGCAACCAAACAGCAAGUCGGACAGCUUUUCAAAAAGAAAAAGGUUCCUAAAGAAAAAGAGCCCGUAAAGUUAACUCUGUCGGCCUCUGCCUUUGAUCAGACUAAGGCGCCUGAUCAACCCGAAACCAAGCCUGAACCGGUCAAAAAAGAAGAGAACCCAAAACCGAAACCUGAAAAGAAAUUCAAGCCUCCAACGCCUCCGAAAUCCAAAACAUUGUACUAUGUCGAAGGGAAGGAGAACAUUGCCGCUCUAGCGGAGUGGAUCAAGGGCCAACCAGGUCACCAAAACGAAAAGCUGGUGACGGAUCUUGAGAGUAUUUCGCUUUAUUUACAAGAAUGA